UCGAUCUUAAGUAUGUUACACACAUACCGUUCACAUGCCUUUAGUCAGCAUAAAGUUACCUCUAAUCAAAACCCGCGCCCAAACUCUGCCAGCGACAGUGGGGCCUCUAGCGCACUAUCACAUGCACCUACUUUUUGCGAUUGCGCGGCAAAAAUGGCGGGAAAACUUCGCCGGCGUCAGUUGUUCCCAACGUGCUGCUGUGUUUAGUCGAAGUCCGGUUGUUUCAUCACUUUAAUUUUGGCGGUUGAUUAUUGUCGGUGGUAAACCAAAUCAAGAGUAAAAAUGCCUACGAAAGUAAAUAGAGACUACACAAAAGACAAAGAACAGCUCAAGCAGUUCUUUGCCGAGUAUGCGAAAAUGGAUGAUAAAUCAGGCGAUAAGACGUUUAAAUAUCGCACUCAACUCACCAAUAUUGCUCAUAGAGAGCAAGUUGCAUUUAUCAUUGAACUUGACGACGUCACUGAAUUUGAUGACGAAUUGGCUGAAGCUAUACAAUAUAAUACUCGUCGUUAUACUGCAUUAGUAUCAGAGAUAGUCCAAGAAAUGUUACCCGACUUUAAAGAAAGAGUCGUACCACCUAAGGAUUCAUUGGAUGUUUAUAUUGAGCAUCGUUUGUUGAUGGAGCAACGCAACAGACAUCCUGGAGAUCAGAGGGACCCAAGAAACAAUUAUCCACCAGAGCUCAUGCGACGAUUCGAAGUUUACUUCAGAGAUUUCGGAGCAUCUAAAGCUUUACCGGUUAGAGAUAUAAAAGCUGAGCACAUUGGCAAAUUAGUCACAGUAAGGGGUAUUGUUACCCGAUCCACAGAGGUUAAACCGAUGAUGGUCGUUGCCACUUAUACUUGUGAUCAAUGCGGGGCAGAAACAUACCAACCGGUACUUUCGCUAAGCUUCAUGCCCUUGCAAUUCUGUGGAAGCGACGAUUGCCGGGUCAAUAAAUCUGGAGGAAGGUUAUCUUUACAGACAAGAGGUUCCAAGUUCAUUAAGUUUCAGGAGAUCAAGAUUCAAGAACAUAGUGAUCAAGUACCCGUUGGUCAUAUUCCAAGAUCGUUGACGAUCUUCUGCCGCGGUGAAAUGACAAGGCAAUGUCAGCCUGGAGAUCAUGUAACUAUUACUGGAAUAUUUUUACCUUUACUGAGAUCAGGAUUCAGGCAAAUGAUGUCUGGACUACUGAGCGAAACUUUCUUAGAGGCACACAGAGUUAUUGGCAUCAAUCAAAUAGAUGCCGAGAAUGACGCCUCUAACGAAUUAACACCCGAAGAAUUAGAACUGUUAACUGACGAUGGAUUUUAUGAUAAACUGGCGUGUUCUUUGGCGCCAGAAAUUUACGGGCAUGAGGACAUCAAGAAAGCUUUGUUGUUACUUCUUGUUGGUGGUGUUGAUAAUAAAUCCAAUGAUAUGAAAAUCAGAGGUAACAUCAAUAUUUGUUUAAUGGGAGAUCCUGGAGUAGCAAAGUCACAGCUGUUGUCAUAUAUAAAUCGGUUGGCAUCACGAUCUCAGUACACAACAGGACGUGGAUCAUCAGGUGUUGGUCUAACCGCAGCUAUUCUGAAAGAUCCAUUGACGGGUGAAAUGACGCUUGAAGGUGGAGCCUUAGUUCUGGCUGAUCAAGGCGUAUGCUGUAUCGACGAAUUCGAUAAAAUGGCAGACGCAGAUCGAACUGCUAUUCAUGAAGUUAUGGAACAGCAGACAAUUUCAAUAGCUAAGGCAGGGAUAAUGACAUCCCUGAAUGCGCGGGUGUCGAUAUUAGCUGCUGCCAAUCCCGCCUAUGGCAGAUACAAUCCAAAAAGGACUAUCGAGCAAAAUAUUCAAUUGCCCGCUGCCUUGUUGUCUCGAUUUGAUUUACUUUGGUUGAUUCAAGAUCGAGCAGACCGAGAUAACGAUCUACGACUGGCAAAACACAUUACCUACGUACAUCAACAUUCUGUGCAACCACCGACUAAAUCAGCAGCCUUCGAUAUGAAAACAAUGAGAAAGUACAUCGCUCUUUGUAAAAAAACGCAACCAGUUAUAACUGAGGAUCUCACAGAUUUUAUAGUCAAUUCAUAUGUGGAGAUGCGUAAAGAGGCCCGGAAUAGUCGUGACAUGACAUUUACGUCUGCCCGGAACUUGUUGGGUGUAUUGCGUAUAUCGACUGCUUUGGCUCGCCUUCGACUGUCUGACACUGUCGAAAAAGACGAUAUUUCGGAAGCAAUUCGUUUGAUUGAAAUGUCGAAAGACUCCAUAAACCACCUUGAGGUGCGCACAAUCAGACCCCAGAAUCCAGUUGACAGGAUAUAUGCCCUGAUCAGGGAUUUAGCGGGAACUGACAAGACUGUAAAAGUUUCGGACAUUUUUGACCGGUGCACAAACAAAGGAUUCAAACCUGAUCAAGUGAAUGAGUGCAUCGAGGAAUAUGAAGAACUCAACGUUUGGCAAGUGAACCAAGCCAGGACACAGAUCACUUUUUUGUAAAAAUAAUAUUUCUGCCCAUGUCUUUUAUUUCAAAACCAACAUUAAGUUUGUACAUUAGUUUAGUGUUUUUCAUUAUUUCAAACUUGACUCAGUAUAUAAUGCUUGAUUAUGGCUCAAAUUAUAUUAUUUUUUAGCUAGCUCGUAAAAAAAAUUGUAUUAUUUGUUUACAUAAUUUCACUGCAAACUUAAAUCAACUAACAUGAAUAAAGUAAAUGUGAUUCCAUAUCCUAUUUUACCUACUAAAGUCGCAUCUUCGUGUAUCACUUGAAAAUUCACAGUGAAAUGUUACAAUUGUAUAUUCGUAUAACACUCUUAAUUAAUUAACAGGUAAAUUAGAUAUGAUAUAAGUCAAAUUUAUAACCACAACACUGGUGCAAUUCAACGCAAUCUGUGAUUUUCGCAAUCACAUAAUUAUUUGAAUAUUCCACCAUGAAUUUUUUUAAAUUUAUUUUAUUUUUAAGGUGGGGGCGUCGUCCCCGUGACCCUGAACCCGCUCCCUUGCCCUAACUUCCGCCGACCUACAUCCAUGCACUUCUUGUAUACGUUUCGUUGAAUUUCCUCUUUCCUUUUGAAGUCAGUAAUGUGGUCAGAGUUGAGUCGGAAAUGAAGUCCCAUGUGUAACACAGGAAUAAAAGUCGAUUAUUCCCUUGUUA